GCGGUUCUACAUCGCCUACGCAUUAUAAAGGAGGAACUGCAGGUCUUCAAAGAAAACGAUCUUAGCAGACUUUCAGAUCUGGCGACUCUUAUGACGAGGGCGGGCACUCAGCAUAAUAUACGUCCGGAGUCACUACACAAGGGUAUUCUUUUCUCUCGCAUACCUAGUUUGAGUGACUCUUCCCUUGGUGGCUUUCCGGCGGAGGAAGAUGAUGGUGUGAACAACCACUCGGACUAUGAAAAUGAAUAUGACAAAGCUGAGCUUAAAAAAGCUCUUCCAAUCAUUUCGGUCUCUCCUACAUCUAGCAGCAAUGAGGACGAGACUACCGCAGUCGGUCGUACCUCCAAAAACUCAAGUACUUCCCAAAGAGAAUGUGAGAUGUCUGAUGAAGCUAAUGUUUUUCAGAGAGAUCUUGAAGCAACUGGGACAAAUAAAUCCAUCUUAAAGAAACCUGGUUGGCGCAACGAACGCCAGCGGCGCCAGGCCUCUCCCAGCAGUUUUAGCACUGCUCCUGCGUUGUCCACAGUAGAGCGAAGAAGUCGUUCAGCUGGAGGUAGACGUGUUGGCGUCCUAAGAGGCGAGAGUAGUGGAGAGAGUGAUAUUGACGAUAUCGACGACACAGCAGAGACAGACAGGACAACUGGCUGGAAACCUUCUAACUCGCGUCAGGCCAGUAGAUUAAUUUUGGAUGAGGAUAGACCACGUGUCGUGUUUGCCUGUGAAGAUGCCGAGAAAAUAGCAGAAGAUGGAGUGCCUUAUGGAGCAGAACAAGCCGUCUCGUUAUACCAAUAUACUCAGCGUGACCGUCGGGGACGUGAUAUUUCGGUCGAUAAGGGUGAAGUAAGUUGA